AUGGACAUUUCACCCCUGACCCAGCAAAGUAGACCCGACUCCUUUCAGCCCAAAAUCGUGCAGCUCUAUGAGAACCUGUUCAAGGCAGCCGAUGAUGUAGAUCCCUCUGAGGGGUUCUGGCGGGAAUUCUUUUUGCUGCCCCCGGACCGGAAACAACUGCACGCGAUUCUGGAUAACUUGAGCCCAGAUGACACUCUCAGUCUCCAGGUAAGUCGUAGCGAGGGGGGGAAAGCUCUCCAGAUUGUGACCAGAAUACUCACCUCACGCCAGGCUCAAACUCAGCGUUUCUUUGUGCGUGCCAUUCGGGAGGCGGCAGCGGGACUCGCCCCGGCAGCCUCGUACGCAUUAGAUGUGAAUAUCCCAAAUCCCCAUGUUUGGAAUGGUUGCUCACCUCACCCACAGACUUUGACUAUCUUUUUGACUAGCGUGCUGAGCAAAAGGUACACCAAUCCAAGCUCGGAUGUCAUUGCUGUUCUCGCUGGACUCGAUGAAGUAGACCAUGUCAUCCCUGAGUUUGUGGCGGUCCUGGACAGGACGAUUCGCAACGGAAGUUCCCUUGAUAUGCGACUCAAGGCCAUCAAAACGGCCAUUGCCAUGACUAGUGGGGCAUACAAAACCAGCUUGGUCUCUUAUUUUACACACAGAGACCUUUUCCCAUCGCUAAUGAAGUAUGUGUCCGAUUCGGAGACUUCGCUGCAAGUGUUUGACCCAUUUCUCCUUCUGGGGCUGUUGGCAAACUACAACAAAUUUGAAUUCCAAAACCCCUAUCAGCUCCGACUAGAUGAUUUCGUCAACGAGUCCAGCAUUCAAAAGGUCGUCAAGGGCGUAGGACUCGCCUGCGGUGGUCUACGCAAUGGCUAUGUUGCUGUGCAAGAUGACAUCCCAGAGGGCUGGAAUUUGGCCAAUACAUUGAUAUUCUUUGGUCUCCGUGCCCUCGCCCCGGGGGCCAAGGACAAAACGACCCCGCCUACGGCGGAGGAGGCGAAGGCUCUGUUUGCCGAUCUUCCUGCACAAGAGGCUUCGAUUCUCUUGGCUACAUAUGACUUCACGAACGCCAAUAAGCUGUUCGGCUACCAUCUUGUCCAUUCAAAACCAGAGAACCACGAGGAAGAAUCACCAUUCUCGAGUUUCCUCUCAUUGACUUCCUAUCUUCUGCAACAUGCAUACCGAUCUGCGCGUGUCGGUCAUUACGCCGAGCUGAGCCUUUUCACACUUCGAAUCCUAGUCGAGGACUCCACAAUCUGUAAACACAUCUGCGCCGAUGAUGGCAAGCGAAAAGUCCGUAUCUGCCGGCAGAAACAGCCCUAUCUGCCUCUUGUCAGUGGAGACCGGGUUCUUGCAACCGUCAUUUUUGACAUCGUGAUUGAUACCAUCACUCACAACCUCCGUCGCCGACUCGAUGUCAAUAUAUACAGUCACACCAUCGCCAUUACUCUUCGCCUCCUAACCUAUCUUUCCAAAAACAAAAUCCGCCUCACAUACCACUGGUCUGAGCUCUGGCGAACUCUACUCUCCCUGAUGCGCUUCCUCACAACCUACGCCUCGGACCUAACGAGUACCCCAAGGAUCCAAACCCUGACAACAAGCCUAGCAGACCUGAUCGCCUUUUGCGUUUCAGGCGGCGACACGUUCCUCCCAGACCCAGCCUCCUACGACGACCUUUUCUACAAGCUUGUCGAAACGGGUCCCGUCAUCUCUAAAUUCCGCGACGCCUUCUCCAAAACCAACGAGCAAGCUGCCAUUGACACCCUUCAAUCUGUGUCCACACACUUCUACACACUACUUUUCCAUGAGGGCGGGGAGACUGCUGCCGUUGCCACCCCCAAGCCCGAUGAACCGGCCCCAGUGGUUCUACCUUCCAUCAAAAAGAAGAAUCUUAGCCCCAAGGAGGUCCAUCGCAUCAUUAAACAGGGCUAUGACACCCUGAGCAUCCAGCCGCCUGAAGGUCUUAGUGCAUGGGUUAAGUGGCGAGAGUCGGAGUGGAAGAGUGAGCUGAAGCGUGCGGCGAGGCAGGCUGUUGAUGAUGCGAGGCAGUUGGUAGCUUAG